AUGGACCCGUACAGCCCUGAGGACGAGGGUGCCCUUCCAUCAGAAAUGCACCUUCCUUCCUUCUCAGACAGCCAGGGGCUCAACUGCAACGACACUGUCAGCCGGGACCUGGGGCCCAGCACUCGAGACCUGCUCUAUGCUGGCCUCAGCGGUUUAGACCUGGACCCCAGUCUCCCAGCAUCAGACAUGCCCAGUGAGGUGCUGGAGGACAACUUGGAUACUUUGUCCCUGUACUCAGGGAAGGACGGUGACUCUGUGAAGCUGUUGGAGGAAUAUGCAGACUCCGAAUCUCAGACUUCCUUGCAAGACCUGGGGCUAGGCGCCCUGAAGGUGCCUAAAGAGGCCGAUGAAGGCGGCAGGGCCACCUCAGGGAGCGCACGGAAAGGCAAGCGGCAGCACAGCUCCCCCCAGAACCCACUCCUGGACUGCAGCCUUUGCGGAAAGGUGUUCAGCAGUGCCAGCUCCCUCAGCAAGCACUACCUGACGCACAGCCAGGAGAGGAAGCACGUCUGCAAAGUCUGCAGCAAGGCCUUCAAGCGGCAGGACCACCUAACCGGGCACAUGCUCACGCACCAGAAGACCAAGCCUUUCGUGUGCAUCGAGCAGGGCUGCAGCAAGAGCUACUGCGAUUACCGCUCCCUGCGCCGCCACUACGAGGUGCAGCACGGCCUGUGCAUCCUGCGGGAGGCCCCACCCGAAGAGGAAGCCUUCGGGGACCCCCCGCACCCGGACCUGCCGCCCCCCAGCGCCCUGCGGCCCCCAGGGCCCCCUGAAGCCAGGUCCCCCAGCUCGGUGUUGCCCAACCGCGACCUGCUGCGCUGCAUUGUGAGCAGCAUCGUGCACCAGAAGAUCCCGUCCCCCGGGCCGGCCCUGGCAGGGCCUUCGGAUGGCGACGGGCGGGGCGCGGGGUCCUCCUCCUGCACCCCGGCAGCGGCCCCGGGAGCUCCGGGGGGCGCCGAGGGGCCUGAGGAUCCCCAGCCCCCGCGGACGGAGGCGGCCGCGGAGGAUGCGCGCGCAGCUGUGCCGUCCAGGGCGGCGGAGAACGGUGCCCUCGACGCCCCGGAGCAGGAGCCGCCGCCGCAGCCCCCCGCCCGGGAGAGCUGGGCCGAGGGCGGCGCCCUGCCCGCCCGACUGCCGCUCUUCCGAGGCGCCGCCGCGGGCGCCCCGACGCCGGGCCACAGCUUCCCGUGGCUGCGGAGCCUGCCGGGCUGCCCCAAGGGCAAGGGCGGCGGGGUCCUGGUGCUGCACAAGGCCCCGGAGCCCCGCGCCGAGCCCGGCGCCGCCGAGCCCGCGCCCGGCGCCGCCGAAGACCCGCCGGCCCCCAAGGCGCCCGGCGAGGCGUGCGCAGCGGACGAGGACAGCAACGGCUGGCCUUCCCGGAGGAGCAAGCCCGAGGACGGCGAGCCCCUGUCCUGGCCGAGCCCCGGGGAGCCGGACGGGCCCGGCGCGGCCGAGGCGGCCCCGCUCUUCCGGCAGCUGCUGCUGAAGUCGCAGGAGGCGCUGGCGGGCCACGAGCAGGUGCAGAUGCUGCAGGUGCUGUCGGCGUCCCAGCGCCUCUUCGCCCCGCGCCCCGCCGACGCCCGGCAGGCGGCCCUCAAGUCGCUGCAGGGAGCCUGGCCGCAGCAGCCGCCCCCGCCGGCCGCCGCCGCCGCGGACGCCCUCCAGGGGGGCCCCGGACACCCCGAGCCCGAGGGCUCUCCGGCCCGCAGGAGGAAGACGGCGCCCGCCGCGCCCAGGGAGACCUCGCCCAGCGGCGGCGGCACCCGGCGGGACGCCAAGGGCGGCCUCAAGGUGGCCUCCGCCCCGCCGUCGCUCCCAGCGCCCCUGGAGGCGUCCCGGAACCCCGACAUCUCUUCUCUGGCCAAGCACUUGCGCUCUUCCAAAGGGACCUUGGACCUGGGGGACAUCUUCCCCGCCGCGGGCGCGCGGCAGCCCCAGCUCGGGGCAGAGGAGCCGCCCGGAGCCCCGCUGCCCGGGAAGCAGGCUCAAGCCGACGGCUGCGCGGUCGCCGGGGCCACGAGGCCCGACAAGGGCCCAGCCUGCCCCCGAGGGGCCAGCUACCGGCUGUUCUCGGGGAACCCCAGAGCCCAGCGCUUCUCCGGCUUCCGGAAGGACAAGGUGAAGAUGGACGUGUGCUGCGCUGCGUCUCCCAGCCAGGUGGCCAUGGCCUCCUUCUCGUCCAGUGGGCCUCCCGCCGAUCCUGGCCGCGAUGUGAAGUCCAAGCUGACCAUAUUCAACAGAAUCCAGGGUGGAAACAUCUACAGACUCCCUCAUCCAAUGAAGGAGGAGAAUGUGGCAGGUGGAUGCCACCAGCCCAAUGGGGGUCCCACUGAUUGGACAGAACCAAGGAGCACUUUUGUUUGCAAAAACUGCAGCCAGAUGUUCUACACCGAGAAGGGGCUGAGCAGCCACAUGUGUUUCCACAGUGACCAGUGGCCAUCACCCCGGGGGAAGCAGGAACAGCAGGGAUUUGGCACCGAGUUUUGCAAACCAUCAAGACAGGUGCUAAGGCCGGACGGGGAUGGACAGAGUCCCCCAGGAGGCAGGAAGUCCUUGGACAGCAUGGCCACCACCCCUCUGGUGAUCCCCUUGUCAGUCCCUGUGACUCCAGCACCUCGCCGCCUGGGAGGCGCAGCCAAGGGACAAGAAAAAGAUGGGGAAGAGAGAGACAGCAAGGACAGCCGGCAGCAGAGGAAGCGGAAGAAGCGGCCACAGCCCCAGGCGCUGCUCCUGCCUGCCCCACCCUCUGCACUGGGCGAGCCAGCGCCAGGGGGAGGCUGCCACCAGAGCUGCCUGCCCUCCCCCGUGCUCCUGGUAGACCACCUCCUGAAGGGCCUGUUCCAGUGCUCCCCCUACACCCCACCACCCAUGCUUAGCCCCAUCCGGGAGGGCUCUGGGCUCUACUUCAACACGCUCUGCCCUGUACCCCAGGCGGGGCCCUACCAGCUCUUCAGCUCUGUGCUUGAUCAAGUGGAUGGCUCUUUUGGCAUCUGUGUGGUGAAGGAUGACACGAAGAUCAGCAUUGAACCACACAUCAACAUAGGGAGCCGGUUUCAGGCUGAGAUCCCGGAGCUGCAGGAGAGAUCUCUGGCUGGAGUGGACAAGCAUGUGGCAGCUCUGGUUUGGAAGCCAUGGGGAGAUGUGAUGACCAAUCCCGAGACACAGGACAGAGUGACAGAGCUCUGUAAUGUGGCAUGCUCCAGUGUGAUGCCAGGAGGGGGCACCAACCUGGAGCUCGCUCUGCACUGCCUGCACGAAGCCCAGGGCAGCAUUGAGGUUGCCCUAGAGACUCUCUUACUCCGAGGACCCCAGAAGUCACGUGCCCACCCGCUGGCUGACUAUCGAUACACAGGCUCAGACAUCUGGACCCCCAUGGAGAAGAGGCUCUUUAAGAAGGCAUUCUGCGCCCACAAGAAGGAUUUUCACCUGAUCCACAAGACGAUCCAGACAAAGACUGUAGCACAGUGUGUUGAGUAUUAUUACAUCUGGAAAAAAGUGAUCAAGUUUGACUGCGGCCGAGCCCCUGGACUAGAAAAGAGGGUCAGGAGAGAAUUGGAUGAGGUAGAAAGGACAGAAGAAAAGGUCACUUGCAGCCCUCGGGAACGAUCUAGCCACCGUCCAACUCCAGAGUUGAAGAUAAAGACCAAGACCUAUAGGAGAGAGUCCAUCCUCAGUCCCAGCCCAAGCACAGGCCCAAAGCGGACCCCUGAGCCGCCAGGAAGUGUGGAGGGCCAGGAUGUCUUUCCAUGCAGAGAGUGUGAGAGGGUGUUCGACAAGAUCAAGAGUCGGAAUGCCCACAUGAAGCGGCAUCGCCUUCAGGAACACGUGGAGCCUGUGGUCAGAGUCAAGUGGCCUGUCAAGCCCUUUCCACUAAAGGAGGAAGAGGAGGAGGAGGAGGAGGAGCUGGCAGCUGACAUUGGCCCUCUGCAGUGGUGACUCCCUGCUGGCAGCUACUCUGGGGGGCUCCAGCCCUGUCCUGCCUCCCUGGGUCUUUGCAGAGUGUUUGCGCCCCUUCCCUCACCACUCCCAUUUAUCCUAUUCCUCUUGGCCAGUUUCUCUGGCCCAUUUGGCUGUGCACAGGCAGAGAUGUCACCAGACAGCUCUGAAGUCCCUGUGCUGGGACCAGAGGCUUAAUCCUCUGCAGGUUAAUAGUCAUCCACUCCUUUCAAUUCUAUAUUGCCUGGAGCUGGGAGGCUUGAUGGGGGGAGGGGGGCAGAGGCUCUUCAGUCUUAGCUGCCGGUGUGAGUUUGUUCUGUUGGAUGAGGUGGAGAUGUGGAGAAUCAGCGGGUGCAAACUGAAAUCACCAGCAGGUUGGCUCCUCCCCACAGCAGGGGCUCUGUGCUCUGGGUCCAUCCAUUGUCUUACAGUGACUUGUACAUUGUUAGGUGUGUUUUGUACGUGUCUACUUGUAAAUCAUAUUAAAUUGAGUUCUUGAGCAGCUGU